AAAAAAAAAAUCUUCUUCUUUACAAAAAGGUGAAAGAUCAUCUUCUUUGCCAAGACAGGAAAAAACAACUUCUAAUUGCCUCUCUGUGAACUGUGAUAUCCAUUCAGCUCUUUGAUAUGAUAUGGUUUGUUCUUCAAACACUGACGAUGGCUUUUUGGGCGGUAGUACUUGCUACCAUUGGAUCACUGCUGCUUGCCUCUGUUUUUCUGCUGUGCACCCUUUUCCUCAGGAGAAAGAAACCAUCGGGGGUUGCUGGUCCUAUCCAUGUAAAUGAUGCAAAUUUGCAGCAGGAGACACAGCCGUCAUCUCCUUCCAGCUCUUCUCCAGCUGAGCCUGGACAGGAGUUUGAAGUUUUCUUGAGCUUCAGGGGAGAGGAUAACCGCAAAACAUUCACCGACUGCCUAUACCAUAGCCUGACAGAUGCAGGGAUCCGUGCAUUCAGGGACAAUGAAGAGCUCCACGUUGGGGAGGAGAUUGCCCCCAAACUUAUGAGAUCGAUUAAGCAGUCGAAGAUCUGCAUACCCAUCUUCUCCAAAGUUUACGCUUCGAGCAAGUGGUGCGUUAUGGAGGUGGCUGAGAUGGUGAAGUGCGUAAAGGAGGCUACUCAACAUCUGAUCAUGCCGAUCUUCCUGGAUGUCAAGCCUGACGAGGUCCAACACCAAACUGGAUGCUAUGCUGAAGCGUUCUCUAGGCACGAGAAGAAGCAUCAGCUGAAGAUAGUGCAAGAGUGGAGGGAUGCCCUCGAAGAGGCUGUCAAAUUGAAGGGUCUGGAACUCAGCGUAGCAGCAAACGGAAAUCAAGGGGAAUUCAUUAAGUUGGUGGUUGCAAGGGUUCUGAGAGAACUGAAGCAAGCCAACUUGAAUGUGAGUGAGAUCUUAGUUGGAAUCAACGAUCAUGUGGAAAAAGUUAUACAACUAUUGGAGGUUGGCUUAAAAGAUGUUCGUGCUGUGGGCAUUUGGGGCAUGGGCGGCAUUGGAAAAACAACUCUUGCCAAGGUCGUCUACAACAAAUUUCUGGAUCAGUUUGAGUGUUGCUGCUUCCUCAAUGAUGUUCGAGCAAUCUCCCAAGAGAAGGGUCUCCCAUCCUUGCAAACAAAACUGGCCUCGGACAUCUUAAGGCGUGAGCAUAAAGAUUUUGCUAAUGUUGAGGAAGGAAGUAAUGUACUUAAGAAUAGGCUUCGCGAUAGGAAGGCCCUCAUUCUUCUUGACGACGUUGAUGACAUUAGCCAACUUAAAGCGCUAGCAUCAGAUCUUGGCUGGUUUGGUCCAGGAAGUCGGAUUAUUAUCACAACUAGGGAAAGGGAAGUUCUUAAUCUAUUUUAGAACUGCUCUAUUUAUGAAGCCGAACUAUUGGGUGAAGAUCAAGCUUUAGAACUCUUCUCUAAGCAUGCGUUUCGAGAUGCCUUGCCCCUGAUUGAAUUUUACAAGCUGUCCUGCGAUAUCGUAAAGAGAACGGGAAGGCUUCCCCUGGUGCUUGAGGUCAUAGGUUCAUAUUUGUCUGCCUAUCGUGGACGCAUGGACAUGUGGGAGGGCAUAAUGGAGCAGCUGAAGAGAAAGCCUCAUAUGCUUGUGCAAGAUAAAUUGAUGAUCAGUUAUCGGUCGUUAGAUCAUCAGCAUAAGGAGAUAUUUCUAGAUAUCGCAUGUUUUUUCUCCGGAGAAGAUG